CACAAUUGAAUUCUUACAUGCUAGGUGCGUGGCCUCCAAAUUAGAAACCUUCCGAAGGUCAUCCGAACGGAUCCGGUCACAACUUCCAGAAAGCUAAGAGAGGUGAAACUGUCAACUUCAGUCGGCUAAAACAUCCAGAUCUCAUAAUGUACAGACUGCCUAGCAUUCUUCGAACAUCAGUGGCGCGCCACUUCACCCCAACUUUUACACGAAGUUAUGCUAAAGAUGUCAAAUUUGGAGCUGAUGCAAGAGCUAUGAUGAUUCAGGGGGCAGACACAUUGGCUGAUGCUGUUGCUGUUACAAUGGGACCAAAGGGAAGGAAUGUCAUCAUUGAACAAAGCUGGGGUAGUCCGAAAAUCACCAAGGAUGGCGUAACAGUGGCCAAAGCUAUCGAUCUGCAGGACAAGUACCAGAACAUUGGUGCCAAACUUGUCCAGGAUGUGGCAAACAAUACCAACGAGGAGGCAGGAGAUGGCACCACCUGCGCAACAGUCCUAGCCAGGGCCAUCGCAAAGGAAGGGUUUGACAAGAUCAGCAAGGGAGCCAACCCAAUCGAGAUUAGGAAAGGUGUAAUGACUGCUGUUGAAGUGGUGGUGGAUAAUCUGAAGAAAAUGUCCAAAGAGGUUUCCACGCCAGAGGAGAUUUCUCAGGUUGCAACCAUAUCUGCAAAUGGAGACAAAGACAUUGGAAACUUAAUUGCAGAUGCCAUGAAGAAAGUGGGAAGAGAUGGAGUCAUAACUGUUAAGGAUGGAAAAACCCUUAAGGAUGAGUUGGAGACUAUUGAGGGAAUGCAGUUUGACAGGGGAUAUAUCUCUCCAUACUUUAUGAAUUCCUCAAAAGGAGCGAAGUGCGAGUUUCAAGAUGCCCUGGUGUUAUUCAGUGAGAAGAAGAUUUCAACCAUUCAGUCCAUUAUCCCUGCCCUGGAAACUGCUAACAAGGCUCAGAGACCCCUCCUUAUUGUAGCCGAGGAUGUCGACGGGGAGGCUCUUAGUGGACUUGUACUCAACAGACUGAAGGUAGGACUCCAGGUCUGUGCUGUGAAGGCUCCAGGAUUUGGUGACAACAGGAAGAAUACUCUCAGAGACAUGGCCAUUGCAAGCGGUGGUAUUGUGUUUGGAGAUGAGGCAGAUAUGUACAAAAUUGAGGAUGUUCAGAUGAAUGACUUUGGCACAGUGAAAGAAGUUACUGUCACCAAGGACGAUACACUCCUGAUGAAGGGAGGUGGUGACAAGAAAGAGAUUGAAAAGAGAAUCCAGCAGCUGCGAGAUGAGAUUGAAUUAUCCACCUCUGAGUACGAGAAGGAAAAACUCAAUGAACGCCUCGCCAAGCUGUCUGCAGGAGUCGCUGUUCUCAAGAUUGGUGGAUCUAGUGAGGUGGAAGUCAAUGAAAAGAAGGACAGGGUGAACGAUGCCCUCUGUGCUACAAAGGCUGCCAUAGAGGAGGGAAUUGUCCCCGGGGGUGGGGUCGCUCUACUCCGCAGCAUCAAGGCACUGGAGAAUGUAAAGGGAAAUAACAAUGAUCAAAGUACAGGUAUUGAGAUUGUGAGGAAAGCAUUACGUUUACCAACUCUAACCAUUGUUUCUAAUGCUGGAUUGGACCCGCAUCCUAUUGUAGAAAAAGUUCUAAGCAAUGAAGGAGACUUUGGAUACGAUGCUUUAAACAAUGAGUUUGUGAAUAUGAUAGAAAAAGGAAUUAUUGAUCCUACAAAGGUGGUCAGAACAGCAAUUGUAGAUGCGUCUGGAGUUGCAUCCCUUUUAUCAACAGCUGAAGCAGUAAUCACGGAAAUUCCUAAGAAGGAGGAGCCUAUGCCAGGUGGCAUGGGAGGUAUGGGCGGAAUGGGUGGUAUGGGCGGGAUGAUGUGAUGAUUGACAGCUCAGAGACAAAUCUGAUUGGCUGAGAUGUGAUAGUGUCAUUAUGAAGGACAUAAAUGUGUUUUUAUGAUAAAUAUUUCAUUUUGACAAGACACUGAAAACAAAUAUGGCCAGGGGUUGACCUUGCGUUGUGAAGGGCAUUUUUGAAGACUAAGACUGACAGAGUGCAUCUGAAAGAAGAAGCUGGAAGACUUCUCAUGAAUACCUGCUCCUGUUCAGUUUUUCAUUUUAUAUAAUUUCUGCUUAACAUUAAUCUGCUUUUUUUCCCACAGUACUAAGAACUGAACAAUUUUUUUUUUAUUUCUGUCAAUUGCAAUCAUUAGAGUUGAUUUUUUUCGACUUAAUGAAUUUAUAUAAAACUUUUAUAAGUGAUCAUAAAUGUGUUCAUCUUGCCACUUGAAGCAUCUCCCUUAUCUGCUAUUCUUCAAAAGCAUGCUCCUGCAUGAAUGACCUAUCAUACAUUCUACAUUAUGUAACAAUUAUUUGGAUGACCAAUGCCAGAUAUGAUUGUGUGUUAUUAGAGAUUUUACUAUUAUACGUUAGAGGAAUAAGUGUUGUAUGUUUGAUAUUUGUGAUACUGAGUGAAAUGAUUUGAAUCAUUAAAAUAUACUUUGUAAAAUAAGA